AUCUCAGUUCAGCGUUGCGAAGGGAGUCAUGUUUUGUGGCGCGGGGGGGUCGGCGACAAAAGCCCGUGAAGACGAAGGGGGGGAUUUCAACACCGAGUGCAGGAUGACACAAACUCUGCACAGAUCAAAUACGCCAUGUUGGAAAAAUUGUCACUUCUCGCGAGAACGUGUUGCGCCACUUGAACGAGACUUGCCAAAGUUUUGCCGGGAAAACCGCGAUCCCAGCCUCCGCGACGACGACACCGAGCACCUUGCACGCAAUUCGAUGCCCGGCUCCUCUCUUUCUGCACUCGUAUCUACUCGAUUCCUAACUGUAUUUUUUUUAUAUAAUAUGGACGGAGGCAACAAGGAGAAAUCGAACCUUCCAUGGAUUGAAAAAUACCGACCCCAAAACCUUGAGGAAUUGAUUUCUCAUAAUGAUAUUGUUAAUACAAUCAAGAAAUUCGUCAGUGAAGACCGUCUGCCCCAUUUACUUUUCUAUGGUCCUCCUGGUACAGGAAAAACCAGCACCAUCCUUGCAGUUGCCAAACAGAUUUAUUCCCCUAAGGAGUUCAAUUCAAUGGUCCUUGAGUUGAAUGCCUCUGAUGACCGUGGUAUCGGAAUUGUGCGAGAAAAUAUUCUAAGUUUUGCCAGUACGAGAACAAUUUUCAAGUCAGGCUUUAAGUUGGUCAUUUUGGAUGAAGCAGAUGCCAUGACGCGGGAUGCUCAGAACGCACUUAGGAGAGUUAUUGAGAAAUUCACAGAGAACACAAGAUUCUGCAUCAUCUGUAACUACCUGUCCAAGAUUAUUCCAGCAUUGCAGUCACGUUGUACACGCUUCCGGUUUGCUCCGCUUUCCACAGACCAAAUGUUGCCACGGUUGGAACACGUCAUCAAACAAGAAGGGGUGAAUGUGACCCAGGAUGGCAUGAAAGCUAUUGUUACCUUGGCAUGCGGUGAUAUGAGGCGUUCUCUCAACAUACUUCAGAGUGCUUCAAUGGCUUUUGAUGAAGUGACAGAAGAUAAUGUUUAUUUAUGUGUUGGACAUCCUCUCCGUAAAGACAUUGAAAAUAUUGUCCAGUGGCUGCUAAACUCAAGUUUCACAGAAGCUUAUAAAAAUAUUCUCCAGUUGAAGUCUGCCAAGGGUUUGGCUCUCCAAGACAUUCUCACCGAAGUUCAUGUUUACGUACAUCGAAUUGAUUUCCCAGUGAAAAUCCGUAUCCAUUUGCUUGAUAAAAUGGCUGAGACUGAGUAUCGUUUGAUGUCAGGAACCAAUGAGAGGAUUCAGCUGGGAUCUGUAGUUUCUGCUUUCCAAGUGGUCCGAGAUACCAUAGUAGAAGAAGCUGCUGCCUAGGGUCUGGUGUUCUAAUCACACUCCAAUCUCUGCGAACUGCACUGAUAUCAGGGACUUACAAAUUGUUAUUUUUUCUUUCAUUAAAUGUCCCAAGAUGACCGAGGGCCAAAUGUUAUGAAUAAAGCAAUGUCACCAAGGACAGUGUAAUAAAGAAGAAGGAACAUGAAAUAAUAAUGUUGUAAACAUUUUUAUUUGAAAUCUGUAAAAUUAAUUACAGAAAGGGGGG